ACUUCCACGGCGCUUGCAGGCUGAUUAAGCAGAGGAGAAAGACGACUACUAUUGCCUCAAUAAUUCAUGCCUGCUGAGGCUGACGUGCUUCAACUUCAUAUCCGAUCCUCGCAAAAAGACUCAUCACUUUGUGACAUCGUGGGUAUAUAUUCUGAUACCAGUGAACAUGGCCGGACAACAAAUGCAAGCUCUCGUGACCGAGUCUUCGGCCGGCGGGUCGCCGAAGAUGGUCAAGAAGCAAGUUCCGGUCCCCGAACCUGCCCCGCAUCAAGCCCUGGUAAAAGUGUCACAUAUUGCACAAAACCCGACAGACGUUCAAUCUCUUGACGGCAAUGCAUUCGGUGACGGCGCCGUCCUCGGGUGCGACUUUGUGGGGACAGUCGAAGCGGUCGGCGACAGGUGCAGCAAGCUGUCCAAGGGGGACAUUGUUGCUGGCCUAAUAUGGGGAGGUGAAAUCAAGGGUCUCGGCGGCUAUAGCGAGUACACCCUCGCGGACGACCACAUCAGCUUCAGAGUCCCCAAGAACAUAAGCCCGGAGGAGGCUGCUACAAUACCCCUAGCUUCCAUGACGGCUGAGCUGGCCCUGUUCUCCAAGGAAUGCCUCGCUAUUCCUCGAGAGAGCGGACCGGAGACGGCGGUCCUUAUUUGGGGUGGUAGCUCGAGCGUCGGCUUGUACGCCAUCCAAAUAGCAGCGAUGCAAGGCCUCAAAGUAGUCACGACUUGCAGCCCUCAUCACUUUGAUUGGGUUAAGUCUCUGGGCGCGAAGCAUGUCUUCAACUACCGUGAUGACGACGUAAUUGAGUCCAUCAGAAAGACGACGCCCGGCCUCAAAUACGUCUUUGACACCAUCGGCAACAACUCCUCCUCCGGCCAGGCAUCCCAAGCCAUCGAUGAGAGCGGCGGGAAGCUCUGCACCGUGCGCCCAGGGAAGGCGAACACUGAAAAUGUCUCGAAGCAGACGACUGUGACCGACGUCUUGGUCUGGACUGCAUUCUUGAAGGAUCAUCAGUAUGCUCAGUUUAAAUGGCCGGCUAGCGAGGAGGACCACAAACUCGGUAGCGAGUUUUAUGAAAAGCUGCCGGGAUGGGUAGAGGCUGGGAAGUUCAAGCCCAACAAGCCUAAGGCCAUCUCUGGGGGUCUUGAUGGUGUAGACAAAGGAUUCCAAGUGUAUCGGGAUGGAGCAAUCUCCGGCGAGAAGUUGGUGUAUCAACUCUGAGACCUUGGGUCAAUCUGCUGUAGUUCCUAUGCACACGGCCAAUUGCGCAAACGAUGCAAGUGAGGAAUUCUCGAUGAAUGCGUAUGUACUACUCGCGAUGUCAACCAAAACAAACAUCGAUGGCUAAGUUGAGAGCGAGAGGCUUUCCCCCUCAAAGGGAGUGCACUUUGUUACACUUAGCUUUUCUCGAGGACAGGUAAGCUGAUUGCAGACAAGACAGCUGGUCUCGAGAGAGGAUAAGCUUAACCUGCUGCUUGGAGACUCAGUGCCCCUAGUCAAGUCACGAAGACUGAUGUCAGCACCUAACGACGGGUAAGCAUGCAGCACUCACUGUUGUUAAUGAGCGUCCAAUUGCGAUAACCCUAUUUUGCAUGACGGAUUGACACUUGAAAGGAUGACCCCGCCAUGCCAGGAACCAACGGAACUCAGGUCAAUCAAGGGCAG